AUGGCGCUGAAACACUUGUUCGGUCUCGCCUAUGUCGCGCUGACCGCCAAAGCUCAGUCCAGCUCAGCGGCAGCUUGCCCCAGCUCCACGAUCGGCCCCGCACAUGGAGCACCUUCGGUCGCGCCAGGAUUCCGUGUCCAGGUUGUCGCCAAUAAUCUGCGAGACCCCAGAAGUAUCCAAUUUGACUCCGCGGGCGGCUUGUUGGUUGUGGAGCAAGGACACGGGAUCAGCAGGCUGCAGCUUAGUGGAGAUGCAACUGACAUUCUUCAGAUCAGCCAUGGCAUUGCCCUCUCGCAAGAUGGUAGCACGCUGUAUGCUUCGACCUACAACCAUGUCUACCGAUGGCAGUACAAUGCCCAAGAGGGCCGCAUCACGGGCAAUCCAUCCACCAUCAUUGAGAACAUGGGCGAAAAUGACGGCCAUACGACUCGCACCCUUCUCCUGUCCGGCAAAGUGCCCUCUUUACUUUUAGUCAGCCGCGGUAGCCAAGGUAACCUGGAUGACAACACAUUAGACAUCAACAGCGGAGUCUCAACGAUCAAAGCAUACAAUGUGAGCAACGUCACAGACACAGCAUACAACCAGCCACGGGAUGGCCUGUUGUUAGGCUGGGGUCUCAGGAACUCAGUAGGUAUCGCUGAAGAUCCCGUCACUGGUGCCGUCUACUCUGUCGAGAACAGCGUGGAUGACCUCGAGAGGAGUGGCCAAACCAUCAACCAAAACAAUCCUGGUGAGGAAUUGAACUACCAUGGAUUCCUUAACCAAACGAGCGAUGUUACGGGGAAGAAUUUCGGCUACCCAACGUGCUUCGCAGCUUGGAACGUGACAGAGAUACCAGACAACAAUGGCCUUAAGACCGGGUCAAACUUUGCGAUCGGUACUCAGAAUGCCACCUUGAACGAUACGUACUGUCAAGAAGACCGCGUAGCUCCGAGGAUCACCUUUCAAGCUCACAUGGCACCUCUGGACAUGAAGUUCAACACUAACGGCACAGGGGCUUGGGUGACGAUGCAUGGCUCAUGGAACCGUGAUGCACCCAUCGGUUACAAGCUCAGUUUUGUUGAAUUCGAUGGCAACGGCUCACCCACCGCAGCGGCAAACAGCACUACCGCAGCCAUCGACAUCGUCUCCAACCCUGACUUGUCCGCAUGCCCAAGCAACUGUUUCCGACCUGUGGGGCUUGCGUGGGAUUCCCAAGGCAGACUCUUCAUGAGCAGUGAUUCAACCGGAGAAAUCUACAUGAUCACCAAGACAGAUGGCAGUGGCGUAAACGAUGUGCGCCAAGUUUCGACCGGUGGUUCAAAUAGUGGGAGCAACACAGGUAAUGCACCAGCCCCGAGUUCGAGCCAGGGUGCUGGCGUAAAGAGUUGGAAGGUCGGUCAGGGCAGUUUCUGGAUCGCUGGUGCGGCGGCUGUUGGCGGUGCGCUGCCCUAGGCUGAAGGUGUGAUCUGAAGAAGUGGUAUGGUGGAGAUGCGAUGCAUCCGACCGUAAUGCAUCCGCAGCCUGCACGAUGGAAGACAUGCUAAUUCAUUGAACAACUUCCGUCGGUCUCACUCGCUACUCAUUAUGUGCGUGUUCCACGCCUCUACAAGAUACAUACAUAUCAUGAAUUAUUGAUAACGAC